GGGUGGACUCACGUUCUGACCCCGGCGGCUUCUGGGCCGAGCUCAGCCCUUCCUUUCUUUUCUCUAGGUCAGGUCUCCUGGCUGCGCUGGACCUGCGCACGCGGGGGACUUCAAGGUCGGGCCCCCAGCCUCCCGCAGCGCCCCGGCGAGCAGCAGCAUGGGCGGCGCGCGGGACGCGGGCUGGGUGGCGGCGGGCCUGGUGCUCGGCGCCGGCGCCUGCUACUGCAUCUACUGGCUGACGCGGGGCCCGCGGCGAGGCGGCCGGGGGCGUCGGCUGCGCCCCUCCCGGUCUGCAGAAGACUUAACCAAUGCUUCCUAUGAUGAUGUCCUAAAUGCUGCACAACUUAAAAAACUCCUUUACCUGCUUGAGUCAACUGAGGAUCCUGUACUCAUUGAAAAAGCCUUAGUCACUCUGGGUAACAAUGCAGCCUUUUCAGCUAACCAAACUAUUAUUCGUGAAUUGGGAGGUAUUCCAAUUGUUGGAGACAAAAUCAACAGUCCAGACUACAGUAUUAAAGAGAAAGCCUUAAAUGCACUAAAUAACCUGAGUGUAAAUGUUGAAAAUCAAAUCAGAAUAAAGAUAUAUAUCAACCAAGUCUGUGAGGAUGUCUUCUCUGGUCCCCUGAACUCUGCUGUGCAGCUGGCUGGACUAAGGUUGCUAACAAACAUGACUGUUACCAAUGACCACCAGCACAUGCUGAGCAACUCCAUCACUGACCUUUUCCAUGUGUUACUUACUGGAGAUGGAAGCACAAAGGUUCAAGUUUUGAAGCUGCUUGUGAAUUUGUCUGAAAACCCAGCCAUGACAGAAGGACUACUCAGUGCCCAAGUGGAUUCGUCAUUCCUUUCCCUUUAUGACAGCCAUGUAGCAAAGGAAAUUCUACUUCGAGUACUUACGUUAUUUCAAAACAUAAAUAACUGCCUCAAAACAGAAGAUCGGUUAGCUAUCCAGCCCCACUUUCCUAAAGGUUCAUUGUUUUUCCUAUUAUAUGGAGAAGAAUGUGCCCAGAAAAUGAGAGCUUUAGUUUAUCAUCAUGAUGUGGAUGUGAAAGAAAAAGUUGUGACAGUAAUUCCAAAAUUUUGAUUGGUUGGUCAUAUUUUUCCAAAGAGUAAUGCAGUCUGAAAAUUAACACAGAGAAACUUUGUCUAUUUUUUCAGCUGCUGAAUUUAAGCAGGAAAUACCACCUUCCAUCUUUCACAAAUCCGUAAUCUGAUAUGAUGAUAUGAUGCUCAGUUUUGGACUUUGGAACAUUUCAGAUAUGGAGGUUUUAGAUUUGGAUUGCUCAACUGUUAGUCUGUGCAAACAUUCCAGUCUGAAAAACUCCCAAAUCCUGAAUGCUUCUGGUCCUAUUUGAGAUAAGAUACACAACCCGUUUUAACUUCAAGUUUUCAGGUUUGUUUUGCACCAUUCAUUUGAAACCUGUUACUUCCUAUCUAUUCACUGAGAUACUUUAAUGAUUUCCAUUACAUGAAAUAGCACUGAACUUUUUAUAUCUGAUAUCUUCUCUUUGAAGUGAUUUGCAGUUGUUCCUCUGCAGUAACAUCAGUGUGUGAUUAACUUAUUGUUUUCAAACUGCCACAGAAAUGGCCUUGUUCUCUCAGUAGCAAUGAGAAUGUGAGCUCUCUAGUCCACCCCAGGUGUACUGUUUUCAAGAGUCUCCAGAAUCUCAUCUAUUCUCAUCAUUGUUUUUGUUUUUGGUGGUUCCUCCUCCUCCCCCAACCUCCCAGCAGCCCUCCUGUGAGUCAUUUCUGGGGCUUGAAUUCAGGACCUCAUGCCUGUCACUUAGUUUUUCAGCCAAGGCAGGGCUCUGCCACUUGAGCCACACCUCCAUUUCUGGAUUUUUGAUUGUU